GUGGUUCUCUCUCUUGUAGGUAGUAUGUUAGUGUCCUCAUCAUAUGAUGAAACUUUGGUCAUCUGGGAUGUUGAAAACUGUUGCCAGAAGUUUGCACUUAAGGGUCACACAGGCUGGGUAAAUGACUGCAAACUCAGUGCUGAUCAGAAAUGGAUAAUCUCAUGUUCAAAUGACAACACUGUCCGUAUGUGGAACAUAGAGUCAAGUGAAGAUAUACCAGUUGUGUUAGAACACAGAAAAAACAUAGGACUGAGAAUUGUGCAGUGUCAAAACUGUAGCAAGCCUUUCUCAAUUGCUCAGCUGGAUGACGAGGUGAACCAUAAGUACUGUGUUUUCUGUCGUCUGGAGCAUCCUUCAGAAUUCUCACCUUCGCCAAUUGACUUUUGAUGUUUGGUUUGGGAUCCCGAGUAAGCUACAUGAAUGCCUGUACUUACAGGCUAAGCUAUAAAGCGGCACGCCUCACCAGGUUACGGCUAAGAAGCAGCUUAAUACCACGCUGUGCAGCCGUGGAAGGUGUUGCUGGAAAGUUCUGAAAGUUUUAAGAGUGACUGGUAAAUUUUCCUGGAGUGUUAUUCGGUAAAAGAUCUCAAGAAGUCGUCAAAAGUUUUUCCAAAAUCCUGCUGAACCUUUCUUGAAAUGUCUAAGGGAUGUGCUGAUGUUGGUUGCUUCUACCGUUCAGGCCCUGGUUGUUCAAAGCGAGAUUACGCUAAUCGAGUAUUAAUAUUUAAGGACUUCUCAAUUUUUGUUCGUUUUUGACGUUUGAUUUUUACUUUAACUUAUCUCAACCAGUAGCAUUGAAAUAAUCUGCGGCAACAAAUAAAACCCGUGUCAACUUUAAUCCUUACCUAAUGUUUUUUACCGGCAAGUAUUUUUUUGGGUUGAAACGACCUGUUUAUUCGAAUUUUAGCCGAACAAACCCGAGUAUAAAGGCUACCCGCAAGCAACCUAAGCUUAUUUGG